CUAGUGAGUUGUAUUUAGUAGUAGUGAGAAUAAUUUUAGGUGGAGUGUGGUAUAUAUAGGAAUUUUACCCUUAAUAGUAAUGUUGUUAAUUUUUUAUAAAGUAAAGGUAAAAUGGUAAUUUACUCAGGGGGGUGGCGAUAAAAUAAAAAGGGUGGCGGAAUAUAAGAAUUGGGUUUAACAACACGUGACGUGACAGUGAUAUAUACUUUCGUGGGACGAUUAACGCAAAUUAAAGAGUUAUUGUUUUGAGAUUAAUACUUCAUACCAGAAUAUAUGUAGUUGGUUAAGUACAGUUCAGACUAUCUGAGCUUUCAAAGAAAAUCAUUGAAUAAAAAAAUGAUGAGGUCAGGCUUUCUAUGUUGUUGUUCAAGAAGUUGGAAGCCACAAGAAUUUAGUGUGCGUUUAAUAGUAGUACUCCUAAUAGUAGUAGUUGGAACAGGGUCAGCAAGAUAUGAGGGCAAAUUAAGAUUCAACUCUAAUGGAGAGUUUAAGAUUCUACAAAUCUCAGAUUCCCACUACGCUAAUGGCAAGGAUACUCCUUGUACUGAUGUCUUACCUUCUCAAUUGGAAUCUUGCUCUGAUCUUAAUACCACUGAUUAUCUCCGUCGUUUUAUUGCUGCUGAGAACCCUGACCUCAUUGUUUUCACUGGUGACAACGUGCAUACAAUAGACUGCUAUAACUACAAUAGAUCCAUGGACGAAAUGUUUGGGCCAGCAAUUGAGUCAAACAAACCAUGGACUGCAAUAUUAGGGAACCAUGAUGUAAACUAUCUACAAACUGGACUUUCAAGAGAAGUUGUAAUGGAAUACAUAGUAGGUAUGAAAAACACAUUGUCACUGAAAAACCCAGCAAAUCUUGAAGAAGGAGAGAGUAUUUGGGGUUGGGGUAACUAUAACUUGGAGGUUGGUGGAGUAGAAGGUUCCUCUUUACAGAACAAAUCUGUACUCAACCUUUAUCUUCUUGAUAGUGGUGAUUACACUUACAGUUUCACUCCUUUUUACUACGUUGGAUAUGAGUGGAUUCAACCUUCUCAGCAGUCUUGGUUUCUUCGCACAUCCAAACAACUUCAGGAAGCCUACAUGAGUGCACCAGAAGCACAAGAGCAGCCAGCUCCAGGGUUAGUAUUCUUCCACAUUCCAAUACCUGAAUUCAACAACAUUACAGAUUCCCAAAUGGUGGGUGAAAAGCAAGAGAAAGUGAUCUGCCCAGGAGUGAAUUCAGGAUUCUUCGACACAAUGCUGGCAGCAGGAGAUAUCAAAGCUGCUUUUGUUGGACAUGGUCAUGUAAACGACUAUUGUGGAAAGCAUUGUGACAUUCAACUUUGUUAUGAUGCUGGAUUUGGAUAUCAUGGCUAUGGAAUCCCUGGUUGGCCUAGAAGAGCCAGGGUGAUCAACAUCAAGUUGGAUAAAACUCAAGACGGAUCAUGGGGUCCUGUUAAGUCUAUUCUUACAUGGAAGCGACUCCAAGAUGAUCAUCUAACUGUUAUUGAUCCUCAAGUCCUUUGGGCUUCUACUGGUGAUCGAUCUGGGUCGUUGAAUUCGAUUAUGACCGAAUAAAAUAGCGGAAAACAGUAAGCUUCUUAAGUAGAUUUUAGUUUCCCGAAUUAAAUAGUAAUAGUUUGCUAUUUUCCAAAAUUAUGAGCGAGUAAAAUAGUAAGUUAUAGCUUUACACUUUUAUAAAUUAUUCAAUGUUUUUAGUUUCCUGAAUUGUCUUUUAUUAAUAGGUCAACAUGGUUGUUAAGAGAGUAUGUUAUUUUCCUAAAUUAUGGUGCUUAUUUUCAUUUAAGAAAACACUAUCUCGAAUAAUCAAAUAUUUUUUUGAUUUUCCUACAUUAAUUUCGCAUAUUGAGUAAUCAUAAAUAAUUUUAACUUUAGGG